UUACAUAAAGUUGACCCAUUUAUGAAGACCGUGCGUUGACUACAGGUCUGGACUCUGGACCCGUAUUUAUAUGUAUUUUACAUCUCCUUCAUAAUUCAGUUCUUAGUGCCAAAAAAAACUCAUAAAGAAGAAAAAUUCAACAACAAAAGUCAUAGUAUUACCAACCAACAAGUUUUUACCCAUUUCUAGCAUUUAUUCACUCUCUUGCCUUCUAAUCGGUAAGGAACUACUGAAAAACCCAACUUCCGCGUUUUUUGCAUUUUAAUUCAUGGGUUCUGAUUGAUGGUCUUUGUUCAACGAUCAAGUCUUGUACUCUGUAGUUUCGGGGAAGAAUUGUGAUUUUUUUUAAGUGGGUUUUGUUUGGAAGUUUGAUCGGAGUUGUCUAUAAGUGGUGGAUGAUGAGAGAUUAGUUUCAGUCCCAAGUUUAUCUCAUGGCAGAUUCUGUAAUGGAUAGCUUAUGCUGUUUCAAAGCUAUCUGGGUUCAGUUUGUAGGAGUAUCUUCAUAUAGUUCUGGUAAGGGAAAAAGCAAUGAAGGUCAAAUCAAGUAUGGUUUCAGCCUAGUAAAAGGGAAAGCUAAUCAUCCCAUGGAGGAUUACCAUGUUGCUGAGUUCAUGCAGAUAGAAGGACAUGAGCUUGGACUCUUUGCUAUUUAUGAUGGCCAUUUGGGGGAUGGUGUGCCUGCCUACUUACAGAAGAAUUUGUUUGCCAGCAUCUUAAAGGAGGAAGAGUUUUGGACUGAUCUAAAUCGAUCUAUCUUGAAAGCCUAUGAGAAAACCGAUCAAGAAAUUCUUUCGAACACUUCCAACUUGGGGAGAGGUGGGUCUACUGCUGUUACAGCGAUUCUGAUGAAUGGCCAAAGGUUAUGGGUAGCCAAUGUGGGAGAUUCUCGAGCAGUUCUCUCAAGAGGGGGUCAAGCGAUACAAAUGACCAUAGACCACGAGCCUAACACGGAAAGAGGGAGCAUCGAACAUAAAGGAGGCUUUGUCUCAACAAUGCCAGGGGAUGUCCCUAGAGUGAAUGGGCAGCUGGCUGUUUCUCGUGCUUUUGGAGAUAAAAGCCUCAAGUCACACUUGCGAUCAGAUCCUGACAUUCAAGAUACCACCAUUGAUGUCAAUACCGAUAUAUUUAUCCUUGCAAGCGAUGGUCUCUGGAAGGUAAUGGCUAAUCAAGAGGCAGUUGAUAUUGCAAGAAGAAUCAGAGAUCCCCAGAAAGCAGCCAAGCAAUUAACAGCCGAGGCAUUGAAGAGAGACAGUAAAGAUGAUAUAUCUUGUGUAGUUGUUAGAUUUGGCAGAUAAAACCUCCUUUUUGCAGCAUAUUGUUUCUGUUGCCUGUCUGUAAAAUAAGAGUUUCUUCACAAUAGACACCACCUGUUUAUACUCAGUUUGGAUGAUUCUUACAGGUUCCUGGCUAUAAACUAUGAGAAUGCUAAUAAAAUAAGGAGGGAAUAAAAGAUCUUUGUUAUUUGUUUUUUA